UAUUUUUUCACCUGGGUCUGAACACAAAAAAUAAAUUUGGAUAAUGUUGAUUAAAUUUUGGGUGUUUUGUUUAACUUGUUUAAUACCACAUAACUGUGGUAUUCCCGGUCAAAAAUGACCAAUCAUUAGAAGUGAAUGGAUGAGUACAAUAUGUUUAUACAUUAUGCUUUUUUUACUCAAAAACAAGUUGUAUGAGCCCAGGUCAAUGAGGGAUACAGGCCAUAAAUAGCAAACAGAAGUUCAAAACUUGUAAUUUUCAUAAAAACUUAAGUUCAUAAAAAGAUCUAUCACAACAUUAGGUGAAUAUAUAUCUAUUAUUGUGGAUUCAUAAUCUGCUAUAAUGUGGUAGUCAUUUUGGACCAGGAACACUAAACUAACUAACAUGAAAUGAACACAAAAGGAGGGUUAAUGCCGUGUUGUCGGGCUACAAAGGCAGUUAGUGUAACAUAUUCUGUUGUUUCAGGCAACAACAUGGCUUCAGCUAAGUCACACAAAGGCAUGAGCGAUGCUGACUGGCUUGCGCGUCUGCAGAGUUUUGCCCGAACAGGAGUUUGGCCAUCUAGGGAGGGGAAUAGACCUUCCCCCCGACAAAAAAGAUGGCAUGAGUUGUAUCAGAAGAUAGAAAAGUGCCCUCUGCAAAUGAGGGGGCAGACCACCCUUCUGAAGGAAGCUCAGAAGUGUAUUUGCGGAUUUCACAAGGUUCAUCCACCAGCCACAGUGGAUGCAACACAGAGCACCCCUGCCCAAAGCACACCCUCCAUCAGUGAUGUGUCACGUCCUGCAAAGACAGCCAAACUGACAUUGUCAAUGUUUGAAAAGUCAAGGUUUGGAGGCUCACAUGUGGCAGCAGCAAAACCCAAUUUGAGCACCCAGAGGAAAACCUUUCAGGUCUCAACUCAGCCAGAAGACCCUUCGGAUCUCCCACUACUGUGGCCACAGACAAUGCCACAGCAGGACCAGAAGUGGGUGUCAGAAGCACUUUUUAGGGUUGGUGCAAAGGGAAAGCUGGAGCUGCGUGAAAACUUACAGUUGUGGUAUCACCCCCCACCACCAGCCCUGUUGUACCACCAAGCUCCAACCCCUGAUAGAUUUUUUUCACAGCGGCUCUUGCUCUGGAUGCCAUAUAGGCUAUGGAAGGUGCGGCUCCAGUGUACUAACCCUGCCUGUGCCAGGCAUCAGCUGUGUGGUGGUGGUCUGCACAGGAGGGUACGACAGGUGUUAGAUAUUGACAGAUACUACAACCUGGUGACAGAGACCCUGAUCUGUACAAGGUGUAGAACCAGCUACCUGUCCUGGAGUCAUGCUGUGCUGCAGCAGUUGGACCUGGCUCAUCGAUCUGAAUUCAGGGUCAUUCUCACACGCAAGUAUGCCUGUGACAUUCGAGUUCUUCGCUUGUUGCGUGAGAGGGGCAUGGGGAAUGGCCCAGUGAGGAUUAUCAGCCAGCUGAGAGAGAACCACAGUGAGGAGUGGUUAAAACGUGUGGCUCGGUACACAUCAGAGUGUGUGGCCUUUUUGGAUAAUCCUGGCCUGCAUCCACCGCACUUCCAGGAACCACCACCACUUGCUCCAGUACCCAGCUACAAAUGGCUCCUCACUGUAUACAGUCAGGACAUCCUCAACAGGCUUGAUCACAUUAAGGCCAGCAUUACAUCCACGUACGGAUCAAUUUUAAAAAUGGAUUCAACUAAGAAGAUCACCAAGAAGUUGAGUGGGCCUGCGAAAGGCACAGCACAGUGGCUUACCUCAGUAGGCAACGAGAUAGGUCAGGUGCUGAUGAGUGUCCUGACUGCAAAUGAAGGGGCUGGGUUAGACCUCAUGGCUGCAGGGCUCAUGGAGAGAUACCAGAGAGCUGGUGUUGAUCCCCCCACUAUCUUGUAUGUGGACUGUGACUGUUGCAGGGAAGUGGGAGAGACUAAACUGAAGAGGCGGUUCAGCGGCUGGCCUGAUGUCAUCGUCCGCCUAGACAUUUGGCAUUUUAUGCGCCGUCUGGCAGUAGGAUGCACCACAGAUGCCCACCAGUUGUACCCUACUUUUAUGGCUAGGUUGUUGUCCUGUAUUUUUGAGUGGGAUGCAGGGGAUCUCACUCUGCUGAGAAGGGCCAAGAGGGAGCAACUCACUCAACAGGGCUGGCCUGCAAUGACGGAGGCAGAGCUUGACCGUCAUAUAAGCAAAGAUGAGCUGGCCCAACACUGCAGGAGGAGAACACGAGGAGAGGAAACCACUGUCCGCCUCCUUGAUAUGCUUAUCAGAGAGCUCAUGGGUGGCAAGGGGAAUGACGCCCUUGGUGUUCCUCUCCUUGACAGUGUGAGGAUGCAGCACAUCUGGCAUGUCCAGAGGCGGCACGUCACCUGUAUUCAGGACCCUCCAGAUGUGCUGCUCUACACAGAAACUGGAACCAUAAUUAAGGGCGGGAUGGUUCUAAAAACAUAUCGGUGUGCCAGAGGCUCCACAUCAUUGGAAUCAUUUCACUGCCACCUAAACAGAUUUAUUCCAGGGAACAGCGCAAACAGCCUGAACUUCCAGAUUUACCUCUUGGAAGGUUUGUUACGCUGGAAUCAGGACCGGGCUGCAGCUGCUGUUGCAGGUGGAGGUUCAACCCUGCGUACUUACACAGGGGAGCUAGUUUACUCUGUCAAUGAGAACUACAAUAAGUUGUAUGGCAGUAAAUUGGUUCCUAGCUUCACUCCACCUGCAGUAUACACAGGGGAGCUCAUUGGAGUGCAAUACUUGUUGAGGCAGAAUAGUCAGCCCCUGGAGGACAUGUGCCCUACGUCUGAUAGGACUUCUCAGUUGCUGGAGGAGAUAGAUGUGGAGGAGCAAGUGGAAGAGGAUGAGGGUUUUAUUGAUUUGUUGGGAGAGGAAGCCACAGUGGCACAUCUUGUGGCAUCAGAUGACUUAGUCCUUUCAGGUCCACCAGUUUUACCAGCUGCACCACUGCACUGUGUCCCAGCUCCUUCAGCUGCACCUCUGACCGGCGCCCAGGUUCCACCCGCUGCACCGCUGCCCUGUGUCCCGGCUCCGCCAGCUGCACCUCUGACCGGCGCCCAGGUUGCACCCGCUGCACCGCUGCCCUGUGUCCCGGCUCCGCCAGCUGCACCUCUGACCGGCGCCCAGGUUCCACCCGCUGCACCGCUGCCCUGUGUCCCGGCUCCGCCAGCUUCACUGCACCUCUGCCGCGCCCAGGUUCCACCCGCUGCACCGCUGCCCUGUGUCCCGGCUCCGCCAGCUGCACCUCUGACUGCAGGCGCCCAGGUUCCACCCGCUGCACCGCUGCCCUGUGUCCCGGCUCCGCCAGUACCCAGUGUCCAGACUCUUUCAGCUGCACUACUGCCCAGCAUUCAGGUUCCACCCGCUGCAUCGCUGCCCGCUGCCCAGUGUCCAGACUCCAUCAGCUACACCACUGCCCUCAGCAAUGUUAUAUAUUUCCAGGCUGUUGACGAGCACUGCAUUCCUGGAAUGGACCGGGUGGAUGAGUUGGCGGAGUGUCUAGUGGAGCUGCGCACACAGACGAGCCUCACACUUACCAGCCAACAAGUUGCGACCAUUGUGGGUCUGUGGCAGAACCUGGACCAAUUUGAUAAAGACAGGGUGAUGUAUGCUGCUCGUCAUCAAGACAGGCUACUUACAGGACGUUUCAGGUCCCCUAAAAAGAAAGCUGUCUUCACUCCUGGUGUCGAAAGCACAAAGAGAUGUGUUUUGGGUUCUAGCGGUUCUCCAGCACAGUGGCCUAAUUGCUGUCGCCUUGUUGAAAUGAUUUUCAUAAGGUUAUGUAACAUCCACCGAAGCCCCAAAAAACAGCGGAAAGAAUCUUUGUCCAGAUGGGAACUCAUUCUUCGUGAUUACAGAAGAAUUCGGCAGUUAAUCCUGAGCAAUGGGACGGUGAUGAGUGAAACAACGCUUCAGUUAGUUGAGGUAAACCAGAGGACCCUUACAACAUGGCACAAUGAACGCUUAAAAGGUCAGGAGGUCUCAGUGCUGUUGCAAGGGCUGGAGCUUCCAGAGGCACGUCCAGUGGCAUUGGAUGCUCUGCCUCCAGCACGAGUAGUACAGCCUGUUGUGCCACCACAAUAUAGCCACCAGUUGCAUAACUACCAGAUGCCACCAGACACAGCUGGACAGGCAAAAACAAAGAUUAGAAAGAUCCAGCCCGCAGCUGCCUGUACAUCUGCCACAGCAACUUCAUUUGAGCCAUCAGCCUUACACCCUCAGCGUUCAGUCACGUUCAGCCAGCUAAGGACAAUUUAUCCCAGGCCGACAGCACUACACCCAUUGGCUCCUGACACAUCCACUGCCCCUGCUGUGUCUCAGAUCUUACUGUUGCCCUGCCCAGCCCCAUUUUCCAGCAUUAACCCUGGAGCCAUUUCCUCUAACCCACCUGCAAAUGACACAGCCACCCCAACCAAACGGUCAUACAAUCGUACUGUAAAAGCAAAUACUUGCAGAAAGUGUGGCCAAUUUCGUACACAAGAAACUGGUCAUAGCCAGUACAAAGGCAAAAUAUUUUGCCCAAAUAAAGAAACAAUUACAAAGGAGCAGUGGUUAUUGAAUAUGAGAAAGUAA